CGCCUAGAGGGCGAGUAGUUCACCGUAGAACCAACAUCCGUCCUCCAUUACCGCACUACCUCCGGUGGCUGCUGGGAUACCGGGCGCCUUGUCCCGGCACCACUCAGUCCUCCGGCUGCCCCGGGAAUACCUCCAGUUCUUCCUGCCGCGGCCUGCCGGCCUUCCUUGCCCCGCCCCGUCCGCGCCGCGCCUCCGGUCCGCUGGCGGGCCCGCUUCUCUCGGGAGCCCCUACCCAGGCGCAUGGCUCCAUGAAGCAGGUGAAGACUGAGCGCGAGAGGUGCCGUCCGCCCCGGCUGCGCCUGGACCAGGACAGAAGGUACAGGAAGAAGGAAUGGAAUCAGAAGGAAGAAAAUUCAUUUCAGAGACAAAGUAGCUACCCUCCUCUUUUAUAGCUGUUCCCCUGGCAAUACAAACUUUCUGCUUUCAGGUUCUCUAGCAUUCCAAACCUCGAGCACUGAAUCAGGAUGGGAAAAAGACGUUGUGUUCCUCCACUCGAGCCCAAGUUGGCAGCAGGCUGUUGUGGGGUCAAGAAGCCCAAGUUAUCUGGAAACGGAACGCACACUCACGGGAACCAGUCCACAACUGUCCCUGGCUCUAGUUCAGGACCUCUUCAAAACCACCAGCAUGUGGAUGGCAGCAGUGGUCGGGAGAAUGUGUCAGACAUAACUCUGGGACCUGGAAACUCUCCCAUUACACGAAUGAAUCCCGCAUCGGGAGCGCUGAGCCCUCUUCCCCGACCCAAUGGAACUGCCAACACCACCAAGAAUCUGGUGGUGACUGCAGAGAUGUGCUGCUACUGCUUUGAUGUCCUCUACUGUCACCUCUAUGGCUUCCCACAGCCACGACUUCCUAGAUUCACCAAUGACCCCUAUCCACUCUUUGUGACAUGGAAGACAGGGCGGGACAAGCGGCUUCGUGGCUGCAUUGGGACCUUCUCAGCCAUGAAUCUUCACUCAGGACUCAGGGAAUACACGUUAACCAGUGCACUUAAGGACAGCCGAUUCCCCCCCCUGACCCGAGAGGAGCUGCCUAAACUUUCCUGCUCUGUCUCCCUCCUUACUAACUUUGAGGAUGCCAUUGAUUACCUGGACUGGGAGGUAGGGGUCCAUGGGAUUCGAAUUGAAUUUGUCAAUGAAAAAGGCGUCAAACGUACAGCCACAUAUUUACCUGAGGUUGCUAAGGAGCAAGACUGGGAUCAGAUCCAGACAAUAGAUUCCUUACUCAGGAAAGGUGGCUUUAAGGCUCCGAUUACCAGUGAAUUCAGAAAAACAAUCAAACUUACCAGGUACCGAAGUGAGAAGGUGACAAUCAGUUAUGCAGAGUAUAUUGCUUCUCGACAGCACUGUUUCCAGAAUGGCACUCUUCAUGCCCCACCCCUCUACAAUCAUUACUCCUGACACACGGCUGCAUGACCAGUCCCACCCCCCUGUGGCCACCAAUGGCUAUGACAUCAUUGGAGCAGAUGCCUCCUCUUCCUGGUCCAGUUACUUCUAUUACUGCACCAUUUUAUGAUGCUAGCUUCCGUUGCCAAGUCUGCCUCCAGCUGACUGGGAGAGGGGGAGAAGGUGAGGGGGGUUGUACCGAAUGAAGCAGAACUUGAGGGGCCCAAGCCUUAUCUCAGCCUUUCCUCAUUAUGGGGUUCCAUUGGAUUGGGGCUCCUCCAUGACUAGUAAGAAUUGCCACGUGGGUUCAGAGGACCCUUGGCAUGCAAGUGGCCACCUGUGUUUUGGCCACACAGUGGAAGCUGGAAUUGAUGAUUCUUGAAGGCUAAACCCAAAGGCACCCUUAUAGCCUCCCCAGAUCAAGGAGGUGUAUUUCCCUGGCAGUCUGGGCAACGGAGACCAACAAGAAACAUUUCUAGGUUGUUUUAAAUUCCUUUUUUUAAACUUCCAGUUGCAUACCAACAGUUGAUUACAACCUCCCUGCUUUGUAAGUGGACGCCAUGUUAGGGUUGAACGUGGGCACUGUGAGUCCUUUGAGGCUCCUGGACAGAGACCCACAUCAUUAUUGGAUGGCGUGGCAGAUUUCAUUGCUCAAUCAGCUUUGAAGGAUUUAAUUCUCACCCUACUAUCAGUUGGAUGUUCUGACACUCUUCUUCCAUUGAGUCUCCUGGUAUUGAACAGAGAGCUCUGUGGUGUAACCUGCUGAGGAAUGUACUGGGAUGCCUGCAGGAGGUCCUGACAUCAUUGCUGCAUGCAGUGUGAAAGGAGAGACUGCUUCCUUACCACCCGGCUACCUCACUCCUCUACUGGUAGCAGUGCCUAUAGCUGGAUCUAGGUUCACAGAAGACACAGAUAUUCAAACAAGCACCUGGGUUGGGCUUUAGAAAGGCACAUUGUCACAGGAGAGAAUAUAGGGUCUCCAAGCUUUUUUUUUUUU